CAGCUCAGUCAUUCAUUCACUCUUCACACAAUUCGCCACAAACUAAAAAAAAAAGAAGGGAGAAAUGACAGCGAAAGUCGAUCUGAAGGUCGUUCUGCUCGGCCGCGAGGCGAGUGGCAAGACGUGCCUGGUCGAUCGCUAUCUGCAUGACCGCUUCAACUUUGGCGUCAACCAAGCCACUGUCGGAGCGGCGUUCGGCGCAAAGAAGCUGCAAAUUGGCGGCCAUACCAUCACGAUGGGCAUAUGGGAUACCGCUGGCUCUGAACGAUACGAGGCAAUGAGUCGCAUUUACUAUCGUGGCGCCAAGGCAGCAAUCACAUGCUUUGAUGUCAUGGACCCAACAUCAUUUGAACGGCUUAAAUUCUGGGUGAACGAAUUGCGAAACAACGAGGAGCAUUGCAAGUUGUACAUUUGCGGCACCAAGGUCGAUAUAGCGGAGGGCAAUCGUAGUGGCCGUGUUGAUGUCCACUCCGUGUCAGACUACGCCGACGAGGUGCACGCACGGUAUUUUGACACAUCAAGCAAGACGGGCCAAGGCAUUCAGGAGCUCUUUACAGCGAUUGCCGAGGAUUUCAUCCAAAGCGAGUCAAAGACACGAACACUUGCAGCUGAUGGCGCAACCGUUCCUCUAGCACGACGAGACCCCGUUGGUUCUGGCCGUUCUGCGGAACCUGCAGGCGGAUGUUGUGCAUGAGUGAUAUCCAUUUUGCCGGAAGUUUUGAUGUUUUUUGUCGAUCGUCUCAAAGUUCAACAGAGC